GCGGCAGAUUGCGGCUCCUGUCCGGGCCAGGCUAGGCUCCAGCUCGGUAGGUGGGGCGGGGUGGGGUUAGCAGGCUGUGCCGGCUUCACCCUUUGCACCGACGGGGCGGCCCCCCCUCCCGGCUUCCCGCAGCAGAAGCAGCCGCGGCCCCGACUAGCCAGCCGAGCCCCCCGACGGCGCCGCCGCCCAGGGCUCGGCAUUCCAGCGCCGCCUCGCCCUCGGGUUGCGCGAGCGAGAGGGCGAUCCUGCGCCUGGAGGAGGAGGAGGAGCGGACCGCGGCGGAGACUGUGUGCGGCAGGGUCGGCCGGCCGGCCGGCUGCUGUCCGCCGGGACCGGGGUCCGUGCGGUGUGAGCAGAGGUAGGCUGCGGCGGCAGGGGGUGGGGAGAGCCGCCGGGCGGCUGGUUGACAAGCGCCGAAGGGCGCGGGGGUGCAUCUGAGCUUAUGCAGAGUGCUUCUCUCCCUCUUUCGGGCGGAGGUGCAUCUGUGCAAAUUGGACUCACUGCGGAUCUCGUCGUUUCUGGGCGCAGGGCGGCCGGGCGGGCGACCUGCUGGCCCUUCUCACGCCCGAGGCCCUCCCGGCUCUCUUCCCCCGUCCAGGCGUCGUCGCGGGCAUGCAGCCGGGGAGCGCCGGGGACCGGCUCAGCGGGGCUGCCGCUCGGGGAGACACCGGCGAAGUGCGGCGCCUCCUCUUCGAAGAGCUGGUGCAGCCGGACGCGCGCAACCGCUUUGGCAAGACCGCGCUACAGGUAGGCGAGGCAGACUCUGGUUUUGGUCCUGGAGAUGAUUUGGGAGCCCGUCUUCCUUCUCGCUUCCCUUUAGAAAUUAGCCCCAAUCCUUGUCUGGAACUCACCCUUCCUUUGUCUCCCGGUGGCAUCUUCCCCUUUGAUUUUGGACCACUGCACCCAUCUCUCUUCCCUUUUAUUGCCUCCUCCAUCUCAUCUUAGAAUCAUAGAAUCAUAGAGUUGGAAGAGACCACAAGGGCCAUCGAGUCCAACCCCCUGCCAAGCAGGAAACAAUCUUUCUGCUAGUCUUGGGAAGUUCCUCCAAAGCAUAGAUACCAACAACUGUUGUUCUGUCAACAAGAGGCAGGCAUAGAUUCCACAGGCUGCCCUCCUUCCUGCUGGGGCUCAGCUCAGCAGGGUCACUCGAGGGGCACAGAGCAACUGCUUGCAACCAACAUGUGGGGGAAAAGGAGGCAGAUCCUGCCUUGGCUGAGUAAUGGAUGCCAGGUGGUGUCUGAGCUGAAGUCUUUAAAGUCGCCCCAUCCGGUCCCUUCUUGGUUGCGUGACAAUUGUCUCCAUAGCAAUUUCCACAAUAGAUAAAAUCAAAAUUCCAAAAUCAAAGAAGCAUGGAGUUUGUGCUGCUCUGGCCACAAUCCAUAAAUAUGAUUAUUUCCGUCAGAAUGUGCCUUGUCUGCUGAUCAGAAAACAGCCUAGCCCAUUUGACAGUGGGCCCAUCCCUCUCUGAUUCCUUCACCUUCCCCCUUAGGUAAUGAUGUUCGGGAACGUUUUUGUGGCGCAGGAGCUGCUGAAGCAAGGGGCCAACCCUAACGUCCGCGACGAGUCGGGCACGGCGCCCGCUCACGACGCUGCCCGCACGGGCUUCCUCGACACCCUGAAAAUCCUGGUGGAAUACGGCGCGGAUGUCAACGUCGCGGAUGCUUCCGGCUCGCUGCCCCUCCACAUGGCUGUCCGGGAAGGCCAUGCGGACGUGGUCCUCUUCCUGGCGCCGCAGUCCAAGUUGCAGCACCGAGACUCUGACGGGCGGACGCCGCUGGAACUCGCGCAGCACCUGGGGCUUUCGCACAUCCAGGGCAUCCUCGAGCAGCUCCUCUCUGCCCCAGCUUAACCCCAGGAGGGGCCACCUUGCCUGGGCCAAGAGAGCUGGAUCGGCACUCUUGUGCUUUUAGGCCCCCUUCCCCAAAGACUCUCCCUUUCUUCCCAGGGCCCUGGAACAAAGGCAGCUUCACCUGCCCUACCUCAGAGUGUGUGUUUGAUUCUAUUUGCUGUUGUUGCUAUUUAUGUGUAUUUUAUGAGCUCUCUUAUCCGCUUCUGAAUUUCUCCCCGGGAGCCAGAUGGCCCUUGUACCAUCCUGCACUCAGCUUUGGCCAGCGUGCCUUAACUCUAACUACCAUUUCCCGCUUCUUGUCUUGGGGAGGCCCUAGCCGCUGGUAUGCGCAUCUCCUUGCAGUAUUCAGGUGGGAUGGGGAGGUUCUGAUGCAGAGAGCGUCCCUGAAGGCAUUGCUAGGCUGGGGACCUUUGCUUCUCUCCCUUUCCCCACCCCUCAGUCUUCAUGAGGAAUACCAGCUUAUUGGGAGAGCUCUGGGUGUGCUUUCUGAGAGCUAUUCCUUCCUCGGCAUUUGGCUCCUCUUCCCUGCAGAGUCAGAACUCCGCAGCAUCUAACUGCACAGGAUUCUGUUCCCAAAGAGAUCUUUAUCCGCCCUGCAAUUUCUCCCUAAUUUCUGUAUGGUCUUCUCUGGGGGGGCCUUGUGGUCCCUUAGCCAUUAACAACUGUUUCCAUCUCAGCCUUGUAGUAGUUCUCUUCUGUUAUCUUUGACUAAAAAAAAGUUUAAGCCUUGUUUUUGGCAGCUUGUUCCCUGUAAUGAAUUUGUGGAUCUGAGCUGUGUAUAUAGUAGAUUUUAAAAGGAGGGCAGAUUUAUUCUAUUUAUUGUGAUUUGCAAGAGUUUGUUUUAUGGGAUGAUUAAUUUAAUGAUUAAAAAAUAUUAAAUCCAUUUGCGACUUAGUGACUUGUGAUCCUAGGAAAACUUUUCCGGAGAGGAAGGCGUCAAGAAAGGCCUUCCCGUUGCUCUGUUUCCCUCAGAAAAUGUGGAUGCGAGUACGAGACUGUUGCUGAGCACCUGAACCCCAGAAAGCACAUAGGGUAACAUCGCUGGAACAUUAGAACUCACCCUAUGUAAGAUUGAUGGGGACACUUGUUAAGCUGCUUCCAGGAUUAUAAUUCCUUGUAAUGGGUUGCAUUCCUGUGUUCAUAGGGAAGUUGCUUUGCUCCUGAAAAGUGCUUAGUGACUAUGGGUCCUGGCAGCAGGCAACAGAGGACCCUUAGUUUUUUCCUCUUCAUAUUCAUAUUCCCCCAAGAAGCCCAAGACAGCAUUUAUGGCAUUAUAUCCUCUUUUCCCUCUUAACAAACCCUGUUAGGAAAUUAGGCUGAAAGGAAGCUUUUCAGCUAAGCAGAGAUUUAGAGGGUGCGAACUGUCAUGUAGCAAUUGAUCUUGCUGUGCCUUUUUUCAACAGCGUAGUUAACAAAAAAAAUUGGGUUGAAACAAGCCAAUGGAAUGGGCCUGGCCUUCUGCCCACUGCAGGCUGACUGGGCCCUGAUGGCUGUAAGAAAUAUAGGGGAGCUGCAACUUUUCCUUCUAGGAAUGCUGGAAACACUUAGCAGAAGGAAGGAGAUGGAAGUGUGAGCUGGGAUGGGGAGCCAUUUGCAGUCGCACCAAAUUUAGAGCAAUGGUUCUUAACCUUUUUGGGCUCAUAGACCCUUUGGGUAUCUGAUGAAAGCUGUGAAUAACCCAUUAACACAUAUAUAAAAUAUUUUGCAUGCACCUU